UCAGUAGACCGCAAAGGCAAUCGAAGUAGACACGCGAACGGCACAUGAUGUUGUAGCGACCACUUGAUUCCGGGUAUUCAACACUCUCGGUCGCAAUGCGAAACUCGUCGCGCUGAUCGUGUCGCUUACAGUUCAUAAGAUCGAUGGUUGAUUAGGCUGCGGUUCUUUAUCGGUGCGGUGAUUGUUUUGGUUCGUUUUGUUUUGCUCUCUUUCUAUCGCUCUCUCUCUCUCUGUCGAAUUAAACACAAGUAUGUAAAGUUUUACAUUUAGUAAAGCAUUUAUCAGUGACGCAAAGUGACACGCACGCAGUGAAAGUAUCGUUACGGAAAUAUAUCGCCCUCGUUUCGUAACAGGUUAAGGUGCUGCAGUGCAUCGAAUUAAGGAAUCUAAAAGAUGUAUAAGGUGUCAUCAUUUAUCAGUGAAAAAAAAAGUGUUUCAGUAGUGUGUACUUAUCACCCAGAAGCGUUCUAUGAACACGAUGAGUUUGUUUCGCUCUGUGUCUAAAUAUUCUCAUUUUGUUUCUCAAGUCGGCACUAUCUCACAUAAUUUCGUUCAACCAUCACAUGUGAUCUACAAACAAGCAAACAACCAGAAAUAAGUUUGUUUCUCUAAAUCCUCCCGUGUGCGCAUACUGAAGCUACGAAAGCUUGUGCUUUACGUGACCUGUGGAAAUUGUAGAAUAAUGAGCCAUACAAUUUUGGGCUACAGUUCAUAGUGUGUGUCAACCAGUGUCAUUUGCAUUCACGAAAACAAAUUAAAGAUGAAGUUUGCAUGUCUGGGGCCAGAAACAAGUGAUUACAAAUCCAUUUAACAGCGCUUCAAAUUCUGUAAUAUCCUGUUAUAGUGUGCUUUAAAAGUUUUGUGUGAACGCAUGUGUGAGCUGUGAUUCUGUGUAAAAGAAAGUCGCCCUAUUGUGCUCGAAAAUGAGUUCUUUUCUCAUGGGCUAUCCGCAUCAUCAUAUUCAAUCUAUGGGAAUCAAUAUUGAGCCCAAGUUUCCUCCUAGCGAGGACUACACGAGCUUUCAUAACGGAUAUGGUGCAGUCAAUAGUAUAGCCCAAUCUGGAAAUCAGGAUUACCUACACCAUGUCCAGUCCGAUUCACUGCAUCUUUCGGGUGCGGCGGGCAUUGGUUCUGUGUCGGGAAACGUGCCAACCGGCGGAAAUGGCAACGUUCCUGGCAGUGGUAGUAACGGAGGAGGAGCCUCUUCGGUGGGAUAUAACGAUUACUCAUCCUCGAUGGUGGGCCAUUAUUAUCACCACCCGCAUCAUCAUCAUCAUCAUCACCAUCAUCACCCACAUGCUCAUCAUACACAUAAUGGUUAUGUGUCGCCGGUGCAGAUGCAGCCAACACCCACCACACCCAUCGCUCCAUCCGUCGCUGCUCUUCCACCGACUGUUCCAACUACGGUAUCGAACAGCUCUGUUUCCAGUCAUAAUUCGUUCCCGUCGAAUGUCACCCCUGGGUACUACAAUGGAUACUACACACCCACAAACCAAGGUCAUCCAUCUAUGAUGGACACACCGUUACAAUGUGUUGGUACCGAAGUAAGCAACACUGCUUUGGGGCUGCAGGAGCUUGGAAUGAAAUUGGAUAGGCGAAUAGAAGAAGCUGCUCCUACAGGGCAGCAGCUGCAAGAACUAGGCAUGAGGUUGCGUUGCGAUGAUGCCAGCUCAGAUCAGGACGAGUUUUUGGACGAAGAACGAUUAAUGCUCGACCGAUCGCCCGACGAGCUGGACUCCAACGACGGCGAUAUGGAUGACCUGGACUCCGAUAAUGAUCUGGGAGACGAAUUAAUGCACGCAACUAGUGACGGUGAACGUAUCAUUUAUCCUUGGAUGAAGAAAAUACACGUUGCCGGUGUCGCUAAUGGAUCGUUUCAACCGGGCAUGGAACCAAAGCGACAACGUACCGCCUAUACCCGUCACCAGAUACUAGAGCUGGAGAAAGAAUUUCACUACAAUCGUUACCUUACGCGGCGCCGAAGGAUAGAGAUAGCUCACACGUUGGUACUUUCCGAGCGGCAGAUCAAAAUCUGGUUCCAAAACCGACGCAUGAAAUGGAAAAAAGACAAUAAGCUACCCAAUACUAAAAACGUGCGAAAGAAAACCGGAGACCAAAGCAAAUCGAGCGCAGGCGGCACUACCGGGCAGGCUGGCAGUGCUAACAAUCAAAAAAAGGGUCGAAAAGCCAACGGUUCAGCAUUAAGCGCCAAAUCCAAACAUCAACAACCAAAUCACCAAAGCGAAUGCCUUCGGACGGAUAGUCUAGAAAGUAUGACGGAUAUCCAUGGUACAAUGACGAGUGGCAACACCGGAUCAUCGCAAUACAACUCAUCUGCCGAUGUCAACAGUAUACUACCACUGACGAACGGAACGAGCGGGACCAACGGCUCUGGUAACACCAUUCAUAAUGACCAUCUUUCACAGCACCAACAACUCCAACAGCAUCAACAGCUGCAACAUCAACAGCAUCACUCUCAAUUGAACAGCCAACCGUCAAACAAUAACAACAAUAAUAACAGCAACGGUACCAGCAACAUGAACAGCGCCCAACAACAUUCUGUCGCCAUCAAAAAUGACUACGAUCUUACUGCACUGUAGAAGUCUGAUCAUUUUCCGUGUCCAAAUUCAAUCCCCAUCCAUAGAUUAUUUGGUAUAAAUUGGUUGACAUUUAUUUCAAUUGAUACAAAGCGCCCAUGGACAGACAGGAUCAUGUUCAGCGUUUUGGCGCAUAAAGUUCGAUUGUGCAGUACUCAAGAAUGAUUUCUAUUUUCAGUAAAGCUCUAUAAAUAAUUCGAAUGCAUUGAUUGAUAAGAUUGAUGUUAGAAACAGUACUAGAAAUUACAACGCUUCACCAGCAACGCAAUUUGUACAGCCAUGAUGUAUUUAGCGAAUAAUUGUAGGUUGUAGAAUUGAUAUUGGAUAAUUGCUCACGAACAUUAUUACACUGUACACAGCUGAUGAGACUCUUGCAAUUAUAAGCGGGAGUGAAAUCGGAUAUAGAUUUAAGGAGCCCAGACAUGGCUCAGAGACAUUCAAUAAAAAAUUCGUUUUUUACAUGUUUUGAGACUCAUUGGUGGAGGUUGGAUAAGAAAAGGAAUCAGUAAGUGCGAACUCUGAACUUCGUGGAAUGCAUCCAUGUGGCACGAAUAUAGGUCAUUUUUCUCACAUCCAACCGACACCAAUUACCAAUACAAAUUCGGAUGAAACAGUGAUUUAGUUGUGUAAGUAAACUGUUAAGCGAAACUCCUUGUGUACAUAGUCGUUUGUAAAAGUGGAAGGAAGACAGCAUUAUUCUCUAAGCAAACUAGUUGAACCAUUGAAUGAUAUUGUUUUCGCUUUUUCGCUAAAUUCUUCCCCAGCCACAGGAACACAGAAGAGAUUCAAUGUGUUGUGCGUUGAGUUACAUUAAAAAUAAUUAUUACUGAUUUGCACUAUGUGCCAUUUAAUUGAUCAUUGAUUGCACAUUCAAUUUGCUUUCCCAUUGGCCUCAUUGGUUACUAUAAAGUUGUGGUUUGUAUAAGUCGAUCUCCUUCUUCGCAUGUAAAUAGUGUCUUAAAUGAACAGGCAUAGUGACUAGCGGCUCAUAAUAAACGUGGCACGGCACCGGGCGAAUCUAGUAAGGCGAAAGGGCUUUAAACAUGUUUUAUUUGGUUGACUUAAGGUUCAGUAAUGAGUUUCUUUCCUCGAAUCUACUUUAGUCUUUCUGCAUGAUUAGCAUUAUUUCAUCAUUAUUUCGACAUCCGUCGGUUUUCCAAAUUAAUCUCAUAAAAUGCAACUUUUUAGGCAACGGCAAUACAAACGGAGCAGUUGAUAAAGCAACAUUCUCUGUAUGAUUACCUAUUUUCAGCGCCUUAUUUCCCACAGACAAAAUUGCAGCUUGAGGGAAGUACGUACCAGUAACAAACAAACGAGUCAUUUUAUUAUUUUAUCGCAUUCAACUUAAGUUUUUAAUCUUUUGUGCACGUUUUGACAUUCCCUGAAUUGAUAAAAACACUUGUUUACACUACUACACUAUUUCAAUAGAAGAGUAUUUCGGUUAGAAAUAUUUAUUCGUAUGGUUUCGAAUGUGCAACAAAAUUAGAAAUCUUGGAUUGAGGCAACGACUUCAACGCAGCGAUAAGGUAUUGCCGGAAGUCAAUCUGGGCACUUCUUCCCAAAUAUUUUUGUUCCAUAUAUUUAAGCAGCUGCUCGCGUUUUGCUUUAUUGUGACAGUGUGACAUCAGCCAUAGCUCUAAGAUCAGCCAUUGAGUACUUCCGAGCGGGAAGUACGAGCAUAGAAUUAAGCAACGGCUAGCAAAAACAAAUAAAAUAAAACAAUCAUAAUUUAA